AGUGUGACCCUCCCUUUCUGGGCCUCAGUUGAGAAACCUGAAGUUUAGGAGAGGAGUCACUCCCCUGGCUGAUGGGUGGCUGGGCCAGAAGCAGAUAGCAGGCUUUCUGACUCCAGCUCUAGUACCUCACCACGUACUGGCUAGAGUUACACUUCUCAAAUCUUAAUUUCCUAAAAGAUGGCCUGCCUUCUUCGUGCAUUUCAGAGAAUUUCCACAGGGAUUUUCUUCUUAGCACUUUGGGGCAUGGUUGUAGGUGACAAGCUGCUGGUGAUCCCUCAGGAUGGAAGCCACUGGCUUAGUAUGAAGGAUAUAGUUGAGGUUCUGGGUGCCCGGGGGCAUGACAUUGUAGUGGUGGUGCCUGAAGUCAAUUUGCUUUUGAAAGAAUCCAAAUACUACACAAGAAAAAUCUAUCCAGUGCCGUAUGACCGAGAAGAGAUGAAGAACCGUUACCAAUCGUUUGGAAACAAUCACUUUGCUGAGCGAUCAUUCCUGACUGCUCCUCAGACAGAGUACAGGAAUAACAUGAUCGUUGUUGGCAUGUACUUCAUCAACUGCCAGAGCCUCCUGCAGGACGUGGACACCCUGAACUUCCUCAAGGAGAGCAAGUUCGAUGCUCUUUUCACAGACCCAGCCUUACCCUGUGGGGUGAUCCUGGCUGAGUAUUUGGGCCUACCCUCCGUGUACCUCUUCAGGGGUUUUCCGUGUUCCCUGGAGCAUACAUUCAGCAGAAGCCCAAACCCUGUGUCCUAUAUUCCCAGGUGCUACACAAAGUUUUCAGACCACAUGACUUUUCCCCAACGAGUGGCCAACUUCCUCGUUAAUUUGUUGGAGCCCUAUGUAUUUUAUUGUCUGUUUUCAAAGUACGAUGAACUCGCAUCAACAGUCCUCAAGAGAGAUGUGGAUGUAAUCACCUUAUAUCAGAAGGUCUCUAUUUGGCUGUUAAGAUAUGACUUUGUACUUGAGUAUCCUAGGCCAGUCAUGCCCAACAUGGUCUUCAUUGGAGGUACCAACUGUAAGAAGAGGAAAGACCUGUCUGAGGUUGGUGGGUUUAUUUCUUUUGGGCUGCCUUGUUUCUUCCAGGCUCUGUUCUCCCUCACUUAUUUGGAUCCUUGA